AGCUUGCCAUGAAGGGCGCGCUCGUGGUGACGGCAGCCCUCAGCAUAGGAGCUGCAUCUGCCCGCAGCAUUCCUCUCCAGGCCCGUAGCCCAUACGGCACCGAUGGCGGCCGCAUCAUAGCGGCCGACGCUAACCAGGAUACCAGCCAUGACACCCAGACGGCUUUGGAGAAGCGAUUGUUGCCCCUAAUCCCUGUACUUGCAACAGUAGGCGCUCCACUGAUCGGCAAGGCCGUUGAAAAGGUUGUCGACAAGGUCUCUGGAGGAGACAAGAAGAAAAAGGAGGAGGAGGAGAAGAAGAAGAAGGCAGAAGCCGAGGCGGCGGCAGCAGCCGAGGCGGAAGCAAAGAAGAAGGCCGAGGAAGACAAGAAGAAGAAGGAGGCUGAGGACAAGAAGAAGAAGGAAGAGGAGGAGAAAAAGAAGAAGGCUGAGGAAGAGAAGAAAAAGAAGGAGGAGGAGGAAAAGAAGAAGAAUGCCCAAAACACAGCCGUAGUGCCUGUGCCAGUUCCUCCUGUCUCGAAUACCACCACUGGAGAGCCCGGCGUUGAAGGAGGUGUGCCCCCGGCCCAGCUUCCUGCCGAGGGUGCUGAGGGUGUUCCUGCUCCGGUUCCCGGCCAAACUGUGGAUCCGUUGACUGGUCAAGUUUAUGAUACAUCGGCUGGCCAAGUUGUUGAUCCAUCGACUGGUCAAAUUAUCGAUCCUUUGACUGGCCAAGCUGCUGAUCCUUUGACUGGCCAAAUUUCUGAUCCGUUGACCGGUGCUGUUGAGGGAACACUGGGAGGGACGCCCGAAGGCGGGGCCGCUGCUUUGCCUGCUGAAGGAGCUGCCGACCAGGAUCUUGCACAAACUGUGCCUGGCGCCGCUACUGGUGCUGUACCCGCCACUGGAGCUGUCCCUGCUACAGGGGCUGUUCCUGCUGGUGCUGCUGCUGGUGCUGCCACCGGUCUAGAGGAUGCAGCUCCUGUGCAGCCUUCCGUCGCCGGCCCCAGCGGGCUUCAAGAUCCAGCGGCCCUUCAACCUCAAACCACCGCCGCCAACGCCGGACUUGCCGGAUCUGGUGUCGCCCAGGAGGACCCGUCGCUUGUCGCUGCCAACCCCGCAGCCCUCCAGCCGGCUGCCACGGCAGCCGGUGGCGCCGCCGGCCUGGACGGCCUCGACAUGUACGCGCAGCAGCCCGACACGCUCGGCGCGUCGUCGCUUGCCGCCCCUCCGGCCGCGGCUCUGCAGGCGGUCUAUAGACGCGACGUUGCUGUCGCGGCUGGCGAGUCGGACAAGGCCGCGUUGGAGAAGCGCAUUGUGCCCGCGGUCAUGGGUCUCCUCUCGAUGGCUCCGAUGGUGGCGCCCGUCAUCAGUACGGCGGGUGAUCUCGUCGGCAAGCUCGCGAAGAAGAUCAAGGGCAAGAAGGAUCCCGACCCGGCUGCUCAACCAGUUACCGACCCGGCCGUCGCACCGGCGCCGCAGCCUGCUACUCAGCCUGUUCAGACGGCUCCUCAGGCGGCUCCUCAGACGGUUCCUCAGACGACCCCUCAGACGGCUCCUCAGGCGGCUCCUCAGACGGUUCCUCAGACGACUCCUCAGACGGCUCCUCAGACGGGUGAGCCGCCUGCCAACGAUCCCCUGAUGCAAAGCGCCGACGAUCUUUAUGGCGAUGAGUUUGAGGAUGAUUUUGAUGACGGCCUUGGCUCUGUUUCUGGUGCUGGUACUGGUGGCCUUGGUACCGGUACUGGUGUUCCCGCGGCUGGCGUCGCUGCUGGUGCUGGUGCUGGUAUCGGUGCGGGUGCUGGGCAAGCGGGUGGCCUCGGUGCUGGUGUUGGUGCCGACCCUUAUGCCGCCGACUCUUAUGCCGCCGAUGCAUCUUUUGACGCUGGUUUUGAAGAUGACCUCUACGGGGCCGCUCCGGCCCAGGGAAUUUACCGCCGCGAUAUCGAUGAUGCUAACGCCCAGGAUGGCAACGAAUACGCUGACAGCCCCGAUGAAGACGAGUUCUCCGAUGCCCAAGAAUCACUCACCCCCGAUGUGAACUCUGCUGACCAAAACACCGAGGUCUACGACGAUGCUAAUGCCGACGCCGACGUCGACGAGGACGAGGACGAGGACGACGAAGACGGCGAUGAGUACUCUAGCAUUUUCAAUGGUGAAGAUCAUCCUGAUAGCACUGACCUCUCUAGGCGCCAAUCUACACAGGAACCUCUGGUCUAUGAGGAUAUAACUGACGACGAGGCAGUGGCCGAGAUCAUGAAGAGGUUUGUCCCGGCACGUCGCGUCAAGCGCAGCUGGAGGGCUUGA